AUCCUGAAAGUUGAUUCCUUUUUGUCCCGCGAAUUUCCAAAGUCGUCCUCCCAAUUCAAGAUAUCUUCGACUCAUUCGAAUCUCUACUUUUUUCUGGUGUUUGGAUCCAAAUUACAGCGCCGCUAGCAGUAACAGCUCAUUCCUUUGCAAAUUUGUCAUUGAUUUUCUUCCCCGUUCUCCCCUUUAUUUUCUGAAAUUUUCUUGGCUUGUUUUAGUUUUAAGAAAAAUCCGAUCCUCUUAUUGUGUUUUGAAAUAUUUCGGUUUCUCAAAUUCCGGGUUUCAUUGUUUUUGCUUUAAAAGCGGUUAUUCUGGGUUGUAACAAUUAAGGGUUUUGCUUAAAAACCCUAGCCUGUCAAAUCUAGUUUCAUGGUUUUCGUUAAAUGGGUGUUGUAAUUUUAGGGUUAACAUUUUUUCAAUUUUAUCAAUGGGUGCUUUAGCAAGCAAUCGUAAACGCGGCGGAGAUGAAUAUUUCAAUUCCAAUUUCAACCACAAAAAGAAAUCCCCGUAUUCAAAUUCCCUGGAUUUUCAGUUUUUCAAAAAACCCAGAUUUUCUUUGAUGAACCAAAGCCCAGAAAAAGCAAUUUUACCUUCCAACAGGACCGUCUUAAGAAUUUCUCGUUACCCAGAAGCUAAGACACCUUUCCCUAGAGCAGUCCACGCCCCUGUUAGACAUAAAAAAUUCAGGUUACCAGCUUCGAGACACGAACAGAAUUCUGCUAAAGGUGAUAUGGGGAAUUUCUUGAGUAGUAGAUUCAGUAAUGUGAAAAGGCAAGCUUGGGAUGCUUUGAGCCAUUUUAAGAAGGAAAAAGAAGUAAUUUUUGUGGAGGAUGAUGAGAAGAAAGAAAAAGGGGUGGUUACAUAUGAUCUUAGUGUUGAAGAAGUGGAAAUCAUUGAGAAAGGGAAGAAUAAUGUGGAAGAAGAGAAGCAUUUUCAGCCAUCAUCUUCAUCUGCUGUUUCUGAGUUGAAUAAUGGGAGUUUGAGGAGAAUGGAGAGUUCGUUGGACAUGUCUUCAUUAAGGAAGAUUCCCAAUGCGCAAGAUGUUGAAGCUUAUAGGAAGUUGAUGGAAAGUGCAGAGAGGAGAAACCCCAAGUUGAAAGAAUUGGAAUUUCAAAUUGAAUUGAAUGAGAAGCGCAAAGCUGGACUUGAGGCAUUGCGACCCAAAAAGAAACUAGAGGAGGAGCAAGUGGAAGUAUUACCUCCCAAGCCAUUUUUUCCUCUUACUGAGGAGGAGAUUAAUUUGGUGUCUGGUGCUUUUUCUGUUAAAAACGGGACAAAGAUAUUAGUCUCUCACCAAAACUCGAACAUUGAUAUUCGAGUAGAAGUUUUGCAAUGUCUGAAACCAGGCGCAUGGUUGAAUGAUGAGGUCAUUAAUCUAUAUCUUGAACUACUGAAAGAACGGGAAAACAGGGAACCAAAGAAGUUUCUAAAGUGUCAUUUCUUCAGCACUUUCUUCUAUAAAAAGUUAGUGAAUCUGGACAGUGGCUAUAACUAUAAAGCUGUCAAAAGAUGGACUUCGCGAAGGAAGUUGGGGUACUGCUUAUUGGACUGUGAUAAAAUAUUUGUCCCCAUACACAAAGACAUACAUUGGUGCUUGGCAGUUAUUAAUAAGAAAGAUCAGAAAUUCCAAUACCUGGAUUCACUAAAAGGAAAAGAUCCCUUCGUGCUGAGAGCACUGGCAAAAUACUUUGUUGAAGAAGUGAAGGACAAGAGUGGAGAGAACAUCGAUAUAAGUUCUUGGGAACAAGAAUAUGUUGAUGACCUUCCUUCACAGGAGAAUGGGUUUGAUUGUGGCAUGUUUAUGUUAAAAUAUAUCGACUUUUAUAGCAGAGGUUUAAGUCUUUGUUUUGACCAGGAACACAUGCCAUAUUUUCGAUUAAGGACUGCCAAAGAAAUUCUGAAACUGAGAGCUGAUUGAUUGAAAGUGUGAACGUACUCUGUACAAGGGUAUGCCUGCUUUCAUAAACUUUUUUGGAAGGCUUUUACUAGUAGCUUUAAUGGUGUACAAAAAGCUUACUUCUGAUCAAAUAUUCCAAUAUAAUUACCAAGACAAAGUAUUGAUACGUUCAUAUAAAAGGCGAAAGCGGUUAAAUAUAAAUGCAAGCCAUUGAGAUUUUGUAGGGCAGUAGAACUUUGCUAGAAAGGGCCGUCUGUGAUUGGAAGUAAUAGGUGCUUUUUGUUUAUUUCCACCCCCCCCCCCCAAAGU